CAAUGUACAUACAUACAUACGAGAAUACGUAUGUUACGGGUUCAAGUUUGCCCUCUGCACCUCGUUCUUACAGCCUUGCAGCAGCCACAACCAUGAAGACCCCGCACCCCACUUCAACUUUUGAGGAAUGCAGGUAGUCAAGAACCUUUGACUCAUAGUGCGACUUGCCGGUUUGGUUGUUAUGAUUGACCAUUCUCACCCCUCGGCAAGCUGACACCCUGCAACUGUCUCGAACCAGACGCCAAUCCGCAAUUAACGCCUUGUAGCCGUAAAUCGGCCCCAAGAAGCAUUCAAUGUCGAAACAACAAGGCGGCAAAGGUGGGGCAGGUACGGGCAAGGCGAAGAAGCCUGCCAAGGCUGGCGCCGACGAGAAGAGGGAAGAUGUGCUCCAGGCUGUCAUCCUGGCCGACUCAUUUCAGGAUAGGUUCAAGCCAUUCACACUGGAAACUCCGAGGUGCCUCCUUCCCCUGGUUAACGUUCCGGUGAUUGAGUACACCCUCGAAUUCCUCGCCUCCAAUGGCGUCCAAGAAGUAUUCAUUUACUGUGGCGCCCAUUCUCAAGACAUUGAGCGCUACAUUCAAGACUCCCGGCGCUGGACUCCCGGCAGCACCACGUCCCCCUUUUCUUCCCUCGAGUUCAUCCGCGUGUCGGAUGCGAAUUCGAUCGGCGACUUCCUCCGCGACUUGGACAAGCGGGGCAUAAUCGGCGGCGAUUUUAUCCUCGUCCAUGGCGACGUCGUGUCGAACAUUCAGCUGGAUACUGCCCUGGCAAAGCACCGGGCGAGGAGGGAGGCAAACCGCGACGCCUGCAUGACCGUUGUUUUGCGGUCUGUCGGGGAGCAGCCUCACCGUGCGGCGAGGGCGAGAGGAAUCACGCCCGUCUUCGUUGUUGACUCGACAACAGGACGAUGCCUGCAGUACGAGGAAACACAUCCGCUCCAGAGCGAGCAUUACGUCAAUCUGGACCCUUCAGUGUUCUCCUACGGCGAAUUCGAGAUCCGGACCGAUCUUGUUGAUUGUGGCAUCGAUAUUUGCACCCCAGACGUACUGGCGCUUUGGUCAGAGAGCUUCGACUACGAACUGCCGAGGAAAAACUUCUUGCAUGGCGUGCUGAAGGACUGGGAACUUAACGGAAAGAUGUUGUACGCCGAGAUUCUUGAGAACGGAUACGCGGCACGGGCGACCAACCUCCAGAUGUACGACUGCAUCAGCCAGGACAUUCUCGAGAGGUGGACGCUCCCCUUCGUGCCUGACAGCAAUCUUCUCCACGGCCAAACUUACAAAAGAGUAAAAGGCGGUAGCUACGUCGAGGAUAACGUUGUGGCUGAGAGGGGAGCCAAAGUAAUUCAGUCCGCCGUUGGGCGGGGAACAGCUAUUGGAGCUGGUACCGUCAUCCGCGGGAGCGUCAUCGGGAGAAGGGCCAAGAUCGGUAGGAACGUGAGGAUCGAGAAUAGCUAUAUCUGGGACGAUGCCGUAAUAGGCGACGGGGCCUCUGUGGUCCACUCAGUGCUAGCAGGCUCAGUCGUUAUUGGAGCGGACUGCCACAUCCCCGAAGGCUCACUCGUCUCCUACAACGUACACGUCGACAACGGCGUUCAGCUACCCUCGGAUCCACCAGCACGAAUCUCUGUGUUAACAGCCGAUGGAGAGCGCGCCGAGACCGAUGUUUCUCUAGUCGGCAAGGGUGGGAAGGGAGCUCUAUACCAAGUUGUCGCUGACGAAGAGGACUCGGACGACGAGGACGACAAGAACCGCGACCCGGCGAUUCUCCAGAGCUCGCUCAUCUACUCCCUCCGAGGCCUCAACAUCUCCACCUCCUCUAUAUCCACGCUGGUCUCGGAAGACGAACAUGCCUCAGACGAUGACGCGUCACUCGCCGAGUCACUCCAAGGAGGUGAUUCCGAGCGCGCAAGAGACCGGCUGUCGUCCUUCGCCUCCGACGACGCCGCCAAGCCAGACGGUGGUUUCCACAACGACGCAGUCAAUGGCCUCGUCGACGCUCUCCGCGCCGAGGACAACGACGAUUUCGACAGCGCCAAGCUCGAGUUCAUGGGCCUGCGCCUUGCCAACAACGCCUCCGACAGCGCCAUGCGCCGCGCCAUCGCGGUGGCGUUUGUUCGCCGCGUCGCCGAGCUGCUCACCCCCGAACACGGCGGCCUCGAGCCCGCCAAGGCUGCGGGCAAGGCCCUCACCGCCAAGAAGGGCGCCGUCAAGUUUGUGCGGGAGGUCGGCGUUGGCGGGGAAGGGGUCGCGCAGCAGGCCGAGUUUGCGCUCGCGCUUCAGAAGGCAUUGGUUGGGGCCAAGGAAGUGGAGGCUGGCCGAGCGGGUGCGCUACUGGCUGCGUUAUUGCAGCAGCUUUACAGCCUGGAUGUACUGGAGGAAGAUGGCAUCUUGGCAUGGUGGGCGGACAAGAGAGCCAGUGAGGGCGAGGGCAUGGGCGCACUGCGGGACAAGUGCCGGGUAUUGGUGGAGUGGUUGGAGAAUGCCGAUGAGGAGGAGAGCAGUGAGGAAGAGGAUGAGGAGGAUGAGGAUGAGGAUGAGGAGGACGACGACUGAGAGCGACUGAUGUGAUUGAUUCGGUGUCACGAUGGAGCAAAGUGGUUGCCAUUGGUGACGCGCCCAGUUGUAAACUGUUGGGCUUGUUAUAUCAAGGGUCUCUCACAGCCUGUAGGCGUGCCACUUGUUUAUCGACGUCGAAUGGCACGAGUGAUGAGCUAACACCAACGAGAAAAAAAAAAAAAAAAAGACAAAGGUCACUGGGUAUUAUACAAGGUAGAUGGUACCCUAAAAACAGAUAUCGUUGGCUUUGCCAAGCUUCACAGGACAGCUUCCGGUGUCUGCGGUACAAGACAGACAAGGACUUCGGCAUAG